GAGUGAAACCGCCCUUGGAAACCAUCCGACUGGAUCCGAACGGUAUUUCAACAUCGACGAACUCCUUGUACAUAGCCGCAGGAUGUGCAGUCACCAUGAUAACACUCAUUGUCAUAAUAGCGUCAGCAAUCUGCAUCAAAACUAAGAAAGAGAAUACCCGUGAAUCUGCCUAUGCGAAUGCAACAUAUGAUAGCAAUCAGCACGUCUUCGUGCGUCUGGGUUCGACGGUCGGACGAACUUCGAGCCCAGGAAGCGGAAGUUAUGCGACUAUCGCCAGCCUCCACAAGAGCCCACCCUCACCCUCACCGUACGCCACUAGCGACAACCCAAGGGUUUCCUAUUACGCGUCUUCACAAGUGAUGCUCCUAUCGCAGAUGGCGCUACAGGAUCCUAGAUACUGUGACCCAACCGACAGGAUUCGCGUACUGGCGGCAACCCGGCCAACUGUGAUCUUGGAGGAAUUGUCGCAAGAGGGCACCUUCGGCCAGAUUUAUCGCGGUAGAAUGCGAGCUCACGAAACCGUAACCGUGAAGACAGUGACCGAUGCCGCAUCCAAAUUGCAAGUGUCCGUAUUCCUCGCCGAAGGGACAAUAAUGUUCGGAAUGGUCCACAAAAACAUCCUACCAAUAAUCGGUGUAAAUACCGACAACGCUAGGAGGCCCCUACUGAUAUACCCUUUCUCCAACAGAGGCAAUUUGAAAAGAUUUCUAAUUAAGUGCCGACAGAGGGAAGAGAAACCCUUUCGCUUGUCCACGCGGAACUUCGUUGAUAUGGCUGUGCAGAUUGUCCUAGGCGUCAUGUAUUUGCACAGCCAAUGCAUCUGCUACAAAGAUUUGGCUACUCGUAAUUGCGUGAUUGAUGAGAAGAUGCGACUGAAGAUCACCGACAACUCUUUAGCCCGUGACUUAUUUCCGGCUGAUUACGCCUGCCUUGGUGACAAUGAAAACCGUCCUAUCAAAUGGAUGGCCAUUGAGAGUUUAAUACACAAACAUUUCACCAGCGCCUCGGAUGUGUGGUCCUUCGGCGUGGUACUUUGGGAACUGACUACUUUAGCUCAUCAGCCUUUCGAAGACAUCGACCCAUUCGAGAUUGCAUCUUACCUAGGUAGCGGAUACCGUCUACAGCAGCCAGUAGCCUCACCAGAUGAACUCUACGCUGUGAUGACAUGCUGCUGGCUGUCCAAUCCAAUCGAAAGGCCCAAUUUUGCUCAAUUGCUAUCCUACCUCCAGGAGUUCCACAUGGCCCUAAGCAAAUACAUUUAAAUGCUUAUCAAUGUUCUCUAAUUAUACUCAAAUAAUAAUAUAAUAAGUGUCCAUAACAAGAAAACUAAUUUCUAAAGAUUAUAAGUGUCUAUAUUUAUAUAAUUUAGGAUUAAUACUUAGGCCACUCCUAUGACGGAUUAUGCUUAGCUGCGAUCUGUGUUCUAGGUAAUGGAGUGACCCAAGUAUUUGUGAUAAAAAUGUAAAGCCAAGCGCGCAUAAUAUUUAUUUAUACGUUUCUAUUGGUUCGGAAUAUGCAGGGUUAGUGUUUGAACGAUGGUAGUUAAAGAACGAGAUGUUAUAGUUGUAAAACGAAAGGAUCGAUUAUUUACGUACAUUCGAGAUGUCCGUUUGUUUGAAAUGAACAAUAAAAAUCACCAGGGACAGCGAUCGAUGAGAUUCCAACGUAGGAUUGAUUAUAUAAGAUUAUUUAUUCAAUAAAAUGAUCAUUGUUUUUAAAU